AUGUCUGAUGGAGGAAUUCUUGAAUACACAGAAUUAUUUCACGCACUGCUGAACGAACAUUUAAAUUUGUCAAAUAAUGAUGAAACUAUAAAGAAUUUAAAUUUUGUGUUUUUGGGUGAUGAAGCUUUUUCAUUGAAAGAGAAAUUCUUAAAACCUUAUUCUCAAAGAGAAUUAGAUCACGACAGAAGAAUUUUUAACUACAGAUUAUCACGUGCUCGCAAUGUUGUAGAAAAUGUUUUUGGUAUAAUAACAUUACGAUUUAGAAUCCUCCACACACCAAUCAACAUGAAGAUCGGAAAGAUAAAGUACAUUAUUUUGGCCAUAUGUGCAUUACACAAUUUUUUACGUAGACGAAGUAAAGGAUAUAUUACAGUUACAGCAUUGGACAUGGAAGAUUUGGUAGACUGUACAUUACACGAGGGUGACUGGCGAAAGGGUUUACAGUCUGCAGUGUCAAGAAAUCCAUCUAUACGAGCAAAAGACAAUCGAGAAGCAUAUAAGAAAUAUUUUGUAUCAGAAGGAAGUGUGCCCUGGCAGGAAGACAUGUUACGUGCUGGAAGAGCGUAA